UAAACAUGUAAAGGAAUGUCUUUUCGUUCAGUGCCAUUAUAGCUUUAGUUUCUGAAUACAUCAUUAAACAAGAACGACCUAUAUAGGAGUUGUAGCAUAGUAAGAGGGUAAGAAACCCCAACAUUCCAUCCUCAAUCAGCCUGAUGACCUUUAACAUUCCAUCUCCUUAACAACGGACUUCCUCAGCAUUGUUGCCACUCUUGAAGAAGCCAUUUUGCCUAACAAGAGAAAUAACUCCAAAUGUAUAAACAAGACCUGCCUAGUUUCCCCCAAGUGGCCAGCGAACCAGAUCCCUAGGAUUUCCCACCAUGUAGCUCUCAAACAUGUUUGCUUUCUCAUUUUUCAGGCUUCCUCAUUAUUGGAAAACAGGCAUGCAAUGAUUGUUGCAAUAAAUAUGGUUCUUUCUCCUCAGUGUUGGGUUCUGAACAUCUGACUUUUCCACAACAGUUAAUAUUCGAAGUGCUUUUGUGCUUCACAAAUGUACCCUAUUAAUCAUUCUUCUAUCUUGGAAAUAUUUUUUUCUUUGAUGUUCACUUUUAUGAUAAAUUAAGACAUACCAAAGAGUCAUUCACUGCACAGUUGAAAAAAUUAUUCUGAAUUUAAGACCACACACCAUGCCUCAAAGAAAAAAGUCAGAAAAAAAGUGACAAGAAUUCUGAGCAUUGCUUAGUAACAGCUGACCUUCAGGCAAAUCUUCAGAUAUGUUCUUGCUUUUCAGCAGGGAUGUUUGCAGAUGUUUGCGCCAUCGACCCACUCCUUUCUUACCAACUGUUACUUUUAUUCUUAUUAGAAAAUGUUAAGAUUCUGCCUCAUUCCACCCCAUCCCCUUGCAUAGCAAUUCAGAGAUAAUUGGAGUAUAAAAUUUUGGCUUCCUAUCAGGAUAAGUCAUGCUGUUUGUUCCAAUUUACUUUUUUUUCAGGUGCACUUCAUUUUUCCCAUUAUACUGGACAACAUUUUUUUUCAAGUUUUGCUUUCUUAAUUUGGUGAUUAUGAUGGACUCCUAAAAACUGAACCUAAAUAUAAUUUCAGAAUGACUAUCACACAGGAGUCUUGAGAAAUAUGAAAUUAACUUUGAAUGACUAUAAUGUAUUUAAUCACAUAAAGUUUUUGACAUGGUGCAUGAGUUCAACAGGGCUAAAAGUGUUUUGCUGCUGAAUUUCAUUUCUAUUUAAUCUCCCAUGCAUCUCACUUCAGUGUUCAACCAUGAUCAGCCAGCAUUGAAUCCUGUUGCCCUGAUACCAUUUUUCUUUUGUGGUAAAUCCUUUCACCAUGUUUGUGACUGACAGCCCCUAGAUUUCCAGGAAAGAAAUCCAAGUGUGAAUGCCGAAAACGAAUCUUCAGUGACAUGUUACACUUCAUGGUCUUGUAUGCUGUAAGAGGUUUGUCAACCAGGUGAACGUAGCUUGCUGCUUUGUAGUUGCCAAGAAAAUUCUCAACAACAUUUUUGAAUGUUUUCCACACAAUUUUCUCUGGCCCCACCAAUAGAUCUUCAAACUGCUCGUUAUUGAUGAUGUACUAUAUCUGAUCUUUAGACCAACAAAAUGCCCUCCUUAAUCUUGGCAUCAAUUAUUCUUGAAAACAUUUGUCUCAAAUAACAAAAAUGUUUAUUGUUCAUCAGUCCAAAAUUUACAUGAAGCAGAAGCAAAAAUAUCUUUGUCACAUCAACAAAUGGUUCAUGUGCCAGGUUUUCCUGUCCCAGAACCAAAUUCUUUUGGGGUGGCCCUUUCUUUUUAAUAUAACGUGACUCUCUUGCAUGUUUGUUCUAUGCAACAACAGUACUCAGUAUGUGCAAGAGCCACUACUUUUAAACCUCCACAGAUAUUGUAUUUGUACUCUGUGUAUUGGGUGUGUUUUAAUAAUAGUUCCAUAUUUUCAUAUGUUUCUUUCAUGUGUGCAGCAUAGCCAACAGAUAAUGAAUGGUGUAUAUUGUCAUUGUAUAAAAAUGUGCAGAAGACUUCUAUAAAAUGAUACUUGAUAAGUUAAAUUAUAAGUUAUUUUCAUGACUAGCAGCCAUAAACCUGUAAAAUACACCAAAAGGUGUUCAGGAAGCAAAAUCCUUAUUGUCCGUGACACAUGAAUGCAUAAUUCAGUUUUUGUUUCAUUUUUUUUUCUUUUGACGACAUUUUAAUCCCUUUAUCCAGGGUGGAGUUGGGGCGACUGAAAGGAGCUGAGCGUUCCCUGGCCAGAUGCCCUUCCUGGCACCUUUAGUUUUUAUUUCAGUAUUACUAAAUAAUACAGGCAGUGAAAUCCAUUAUGAGAUCAUCACUAUCCCUGUGCAUCAUUAGAACUUUCUGUGCAAUUCAAUUUUGCCAGGAAAUCCACAAUGCAUCGCAUUGUAAACCCAUUAUUAAAACACAUUAUUCAUCGGAGUUCUCACGAUGCUACAUCAAGAAAAUUAUGUCUGCAAUAUUUGAAAAGCUUAAGAACUCUGCAUCUUAAUGACUACAAGACUAUAUUUUUAGGUGAAACUGAUCUUUCUGAAAGUCUCAUAACAGGAGACAAGUUUCCUUAUGAAGAUAAUCUCAACUGGCCUGCAUGGACAGUUGUACAUGCUGGCAACAGCCAAGGAUGGAUACCCUGGAGAUACAGAGUAUAUCUAAGGGAUGACUUACCCUUAAGGCAACAAGAUGACAUGUUUCAAGAAUUCUGUGACUUUCUCUCUAUUACUUAUGGGAAGUGUGCCAUUGUGGUCAAAGAGAAAAAACGCUUAAGGGUGAAGACUGAAGGAUCUAACCAGGAGGGGGACACAAUUCAUCCUCAGGCCAUUUCUCACCCAAACUUGUUGAACAUCAAACACUGCCCUGAAAUUGCCAGGGCUACAGGUCACGAACUUCUUUCAGUGCCUUUUGAUUACAAUUACUUGCAUCCUAUGGAUGCUGUCUGGUCAUCUUUGAAAUGGUUUAUUAUCAAUAACAGAAAAGACUUUUCUCUGACAUCCUUGGAAAGGACCUAUUCCUAUCAAUGCAUCCUGUUCAGUGACCUGAUUGGGAAAGGAAUAGAGGCAACGAGCCCAAGCAAAUGGAAAGUGGCUGUUAACAAAGUGCGGAGAUGGGAAAAUUACUACUUGGAUAAGUUUUCCUGACUUUCUCCAGUCGUUUGUCAAGUAAUCUUUGGUUGAAAAUAGGUUAAUUCAUAUGAACUAAAUGUACAUUUUCACUUUAUAAUUCUAGGUCAAUUGUGAUAAUAAAAAGAAUAGUUUUAAAGUGACUUUUAGUGUUAUAGUAUUAGAUUCACAUAUGCCAUUUAAGUAGAUUAAUUUAAUUUUGUUUGAUGUGGACAAACAGCUAUUUGUAGAUAUGUAGAUACUUUAAGGAGAAAAGGAGAAAAAGAAAAAUAAGGCCAGUUAUUAAGAAUUAAGAAAUUAAAUUUUCUUAAAUUAAAUUUUCUUAAAUUAAAUAACUAAAUUAAAUAAAUUAAGAAUUAAGUUAUUAACAAUUAAGAAAAACAAAGAUGUAAUCUAAUCCAUAUCCCAAAUUUAUGAGGAUGUACACUUUAAUUGGAUCACAUUGAUUCUCAUAUUGGUGUUAGAACAAAGUAUAAGAGCAAAACAUUGAUGGGCUCCAAUAGAGAUAUUUCCUUCUCUUCUAGAAUCUUUUCAUAUUUUGAAUAAGAAAGAAAUAGUCUAAGUCAGUCAAGAGAUAAUGGUAGUCACCCCAAGAAAUAGGUGGGUUUGGGGGAGAAGUAUAGUUAAAUCUUUGUUUUUUACAGACACUCUUCUCUGAAAACUUUUUCUCUCCCUAAAUCUAGUUACCAGUCAGAAUUCCUGGCCCUUGGCUGCAUUAUAUUUUAAGCUGAUUUAUUUUGGUCAAAUUUCAUCCAAUUAUCACCAAACCUCCAAUACUUUUUGAGGUGAUUAAGAGAUUUAUGAAUUUCGUAUUUCUGGUUCAUAAAAUGACUAUACUGUAUUUUUGGAAGUAGUACAAUUCAGAAGAAUAAAAAUAAACAGAAGAGUUCAACCAAUGCUAAAUAAAUCUACACUUAAAUUUGAAACCAUUUUUGUGAUGCUCAAGUAAUAAUCAGCCAUGAUUAUACUCUAGCAAUGUACACAUUCAAAAGAGCUUCUAAAGAGGUCUUGUGGCUGUAUCCCUGAAAACAUAAGUUACAGUAAAUAUGAAUACUGUGGUAGAGACUCAGCCUCCAAAUAGGAUGCAUGUAGCAAGACACUGGUCAUGUUCAGAGGAUAGUUCCAUGGUUUAAAAAAAUAAGGCAAAAAGUAAAUCUGUGACAUAUGUUAUACAAGGAAAGAGAAUUACAGUUAACACAAAUUCUCUCUUGGCUUCUCUAUGUCUACUAGUCACUUUCACCUUCCUUUUGGUUCUCUUUUUUUUUUCUCAUUUCAGACUUUCUAUGCCCCAUUUCUCCCCUUGGAGUUAAGUUUGCCAGUAUUACCUGAAGACUUUUUUAUCUUCUAGCAAUUGACACACUGCUAGUUUAGCUAGCUGAACAAUAUUCUUGAAAGAUUCCCACCUAUUUUAUUGUAUAUCUUUUUAUCCAAAGAUUUUUUUAAAAAUAAUGAUACUGGUAUCAUUUGAAUCCAUCUUUAGAUGGAGAGGAUACAAGCACUUCCUGACAUUUCUGCUAUACCAGCAACGAAGAAAAAAGGCCUUCUGAAUUCAGUAAUAGUAAUUUCCAAACAUAUACAGUAUUCCAUUGUCAGCCUAUGGUAUUUUUUUCUUAUUUAGGGUGACUUUAAUCAUGGUUAGCAACAGCAAAUCAUCACAUUUCCACAGGAUGGCAGUACAUGAUAUUAAUGUGCCAUAGACCUUGGUGUUCUAGGGCAAGCAAUGCCUCUCAUUCUUAAUUCAUGUUUAAGUGAAAAAGAAAAAUUGGCAACAUGGGUUCCUUCAAAUGUUGUCCAGUUCUGUUUAUCAAAAGCCCUGGCUAGGAUGGCUGAUGAGAGUUGUUUCCAGCAACAUCUGGAAGCUGGCCCACGGACUGAUUUUCCAACUUAUUAAUUAAAACAAAAUAAAUCGGAUAGCAGUGAUCAGUUUUCUCAGCAACAAGCAGAAGAAUAUGUUUCCCAGCUACAAAAAGAGAAACAAAACCUUUUAAAAGCCACGUGGAAGACAAAUGGAGAUUUUAAAAAGAGCCUAAGUAAAAUUCUCAUCAGAUUCUCAGAGUGAAAGCUUGUGUCCCAAUUGGUGCACCUUGCCUGGAAACAACAGAAUUAUAAAAUAAAUAUUCAGCAUUUUCCCAUUUUCAUUCCUAUAGAUUGUACCUGCUGAUACGGCUUGUACUCUGUGCAAAUUUCAGGUACUUUUAUAAUUAAUCUGGUUCAUCAAAUCAUCAUAUUAGAUUUAAGUGGCUGCUUCUUACUUUAAACAUGGAAGAUGAAAACUGAACCUAAUAAGCCUUAUACAGUAACAGUGGGGUCAUUAUUUCAUUUGUAUAAAAGGGGCAAAGGAGAAAUUUUUUAAAAAAAUCUGGUAAGGCAAUACAUCUUGUCUCACAUUAAUGAGAGACCUGUAUCUCUUGGUUAUUAGAAAAAGAGAGAUGAAUUAGGCAAUUUGAAAUGUAUUUGCAAUUAUUAGGGCAAUGCAAACAAUCAUGGACUUUUUAAACUAUGUAUUAAUUUAGAGCCCAUAUUAAGGAUUUUAAAGCUCUGUAUUCAUGUCUAACUUCAAGUCCCAGAAAAAGCAACACAAGAGCUUAUCAAGUUUUU